CUGUGUUGUUAUUGUAAAACGUAAAUGAAGGUGCGUGUAUUUUAUUUGUAAUUUUCCGCUAAUUUGGAAACGUCACAUGCUCUUACGCAGAACAAUAAUGUUUAAGCUUUACGCUUUGGUUUAUAUACUAGAAUGCAUAAGCCUAAAAAGAAAGAUACAAUAUUGCUCGCUGUCAUUUCUUUAGUUGUUGUCAAUAUAGUUUACGUGCAGAAAUACAUCAAUGGAAAAUCGGAAAAUAAAACGACACCAUUCGUUUCUCAUCAAACUACCACACCACCAGUUAACGAGCAACAGAACAAACCAGGUUAUAACUUCAUUGUGCAGCCGAAUCUAACAAGAAACUGUGAAACAAAAUGUCCGGAUUAUCAAGAUCAAAACCACUGUCGAAUUUUCAUUUUUGUAAAAUCCUUGUAUUUGGGAAUCCACAAAAGAAACAUGAUCCGAAGUACGUGGGCAUCUGUAAGAUACAUUGAAGGUUGUGCUUUCAUGACUAUAUUUGUUAUGGGCAACCCUUUAAAUGACACGAAGGCGGCAGUAAAGCAAGAAAUGUUGGUUCACUCGGAUAUUUUGCAAUAUGAUGGACCUGACGAUUACAGAAAUAUUACGACUAAAACCCUCGCCGGUAUGCACUGGGCAACAGCAAAUUUGAAAUCCGAAGACAUCUACAUUUCAGCUGAUGAUGAUAUUGUGAUAGACAUCAAUAAACUUCAGAGGGCAAUUCAACAGUUCAAUGAAACCAGAGCGGCUAAUUUGUGGCCGGAAUUUCCCAUUAUAUGUGGACUCCGCUUAAUGAAAGGAUUUCUGCCACAUAGGUUUACCAAAAGCAAAUGGUUCAUUUCAAUCGAUAAGUACAAAUGGCCUUCCUACCCAAACUUUUGCUUGGGCGGGAUGUACGCUACCAGUAUUAGUGUGGUCUCGCAGCUGCUGGAAAUAGCUCAAUCCACCAGACCUCUGCACUUAGACGAUGUGUGGAUAACUGGCAUACUUCGUUUAAAACUCGGGUUGCCCGACACGAUGUUAGUUGCUCCUGACCACAGUUUAUCCGUGCAUUUGGAAGGGUUUUCUGGAAUGAAUGCAGAGCAAUCAUUAACAAAAGUUCGUCAAUAUUGGACACCAAUUUUCAACUCACUUACGAACGAAACUUGCUUUUGCAAAUAA